AAAGCCAGCCUUCAGCCAGAGAACCAUUUACUCGCUGCUGUGCCCAUCUAUCAGCAGGCUCCGGGCUGAAGAUUGCUUCUCUUCUCUCCUCCAAGUUCCUGACAUACAACUCCUAAAAUCCUUGGAAUCUUCAAAGUGAUAAGUAUCUUUUGGGUGAUAACUGUCUAAUAAGUUGACUGAUGGCUGGCAUUUCCUCUGGGGAGGGGAGAGGGGCUGAAGGUUAAGCUGAUUACCAAUGGGCAAUGAUUUAAUCAGUUGUGCCUAUGUAAUGAAGCCUCUAUAAAAACACAAAAGGACACGGUUUGACGAGCUUCCAGAUAGCCGAAUACAAGGAGGUCCCCAGUGGGUGGUGCUUCUGGAGAGGAAUGGAAACUCCAUGCCCUUCCUCCCAUACCCUGCCCUGUGCAUCUCUUCAUCUGGAGCAUUUGUAAUAUCCAUAAGGAACCAGUAAAUGCGGCUGGGUGUGGUGGCUGAUGCCUGUAAUCUCAGCACUUUGGGAGGCUGAGGCAGGCACAUUGCUUGAGCUCAGGAGUUCAAGAUCAGACUGGGCAACACGGUGAAACCCCAUCUCAAAAAAAAAAAAAAAAUUAGCUGGGCGUGGUGGUGCAUACCUGUAGUCCCAGCUACUCUGGAGGCUGAGGUGGGAGGAUCACUUGAACCUGGGAGGUGAAGGUCUCAGUGAGCUGAGAUGGAGCCACUGCACUCCAGCCUGAGCAAUAGAGUGAGACCCUGUCUCAAAACAACAACAAGACCAAUUUUUUUUUUUUAAGAAAGAAACCAGUAAAUGUAAGUAAAGUGUUUCCCUGAGUUCUGUGAGCUGCUCUAGCAAAUUAGUAAAACUGCAGGAGGGAAUUGUGGGAACCCCAAUUUAUAGUCAGUCAGAAGCACAGGUAAAACAACCUAGGGCUUUCAAUUGGCAGUCUGGGGGACUGAACCCUCAACAUGUGGGAUCGGCCACUAUCUACCCAUAGUGGUGUCAGAAUUGAAUUUGGGGACCCUCAGCUGGUGUUCACCAGAGGAUUGAUUGCUUGCUUGCUGGUGGGGAGAAACCCCCACACUUCUGCUGUCAGAAGUCUCUUGUACGGUGAGGGAAACUGAGUUUCUUUUUCCACACACUCUUCUGUGCUUUCUUUCUGAAAAAAAAAAAAUUAAGUUGAUGUGAGGCCAAUGUUUGGUGCCUGUAGAUAUUCAAUGCAUUGCAAGAAUGAGUUUAUCUUUAAAAAAAUUUUUUAAGCAAAUUCUGUGCGUCAGGCACUGUUCAAAGUGCCGGGGAUACAGCGUGGAACAGUUACUAAAUUAACAAGUACCCUCUGAAAUAGGCUCUAUUAAUACCCCAGUUUUAGAAAUAAAUAAACUGAAGCCCAGAGAAGCAAAGUACCCUAGUAUCCUGCCCAAGGUCACUUGGGUACAAGGCCAAGAACCACCACAGUCAUGAUUGACAUCUGCGGAGCUUACCACGUGCCAAACACCGUGCGAAUCCGCACAGAAUCCGCACACCCACCGGUUGGGGCAGGGACAUCUCUGCCACUGAUGCGGAGAGGAAACGGAUUCCCGAGGCUCCUGAGAGGGAUCCUGGAUUCCAUUCACCACACCUCGCUGCUUUUUACUGAUUCAGUCGGAACUGGAAGGGAAAACAACGGAGCUGAUGAGCUCCAAAAAUGCUCCGGGGACCAUCUCCCUCUCGCCCGUUCGCAGGUCUAGCGACGGAGCCCGCGCGCGGCGCCACCAUGCGGCAGAAGGCGGUAUCGCUUUUCUUGUGCUACCUGCUGCUCUUCACUUGCAGCGGGGUGGAGGCAGGUGAGAAUGCGGGCAAGAAAAAGUGCUCGGAGAGCUCGGACAGCGGCUCCGGGUUCUGGAAGGCCCUGACCUUCAUGGCCGUCGGAGGAGGACUCGCAGUCGCCGGGCUGCCCGCGCUGGGCUUCACCGGCGCCGGCAUCGCGGCCAACUCGGUGGCUGCCUCGCUGAUGAGCUGGUCUGCGAUCCUGAAUGGGGGCGGCGUGCCCGCCGGGGGGCUAGUGGCCACGCUGCAGAGCCUCGGGGCUGGCGGCAGCAGCGUCGUCAUGGGUAAUAUUGGUGCCCUGAUGGGCUAUGCCACCCACAAGUAUCUCGAUAGUGAGGAGGAUGAGGAGUAGCCAGCAGCUCCCAGAACCUCUUCCUCCUUCUUGGCCUAACUCUUCCAGUUAGGAUCUAGAACUUCGCCUUUUUUUUUUUUUUUUUUUUUUUUGAGAUGGGUUCUCACUAUGUUGUCCAGGCUAGAGUGCAGUGGCUAGUCACAGAUGCGAAAAUAGUGCACUGCAGCCUCCAACUCCUAGCCUCAAGUGACCCUCCUGUCUCAACCUCCCAAGUAGGAUUACAAGCAUGCGCCGACCAUGCCCAGAAUCCAGAACUUUGUCUAUCACUCUCCCCAACAACCUAGAUGUGAAAACAGAAUAAACUUCACCCAGAAAACA